AUUGUGCAGUAGGUGGGCCUACAUGAUCUCUUCAGGCCAUUCCUCUGGGCCCUUUUGAUGUUAUUUGAAAUUCAGUGUAGGCUCUUGCCUAGUGUUUAUUUUGGAAUCUCUGAUAUCAUAAUUAUCUGGAUUUCACUGAAGAGUUCAUGAAAGAUCACUACAAAAAUGGAAAUAGCAUUUGACGAUGAUAGCUCCGUCAGCAUGCAGUCAGGCCCAACUGCAUCAGAGAUGCCCAUGUCCCCUACUGUCCUUUCCCAGCAGGUUGAGAUGACAAGCUUACAUGAAAAUGCAGGAGGGAAGAGGAAGGACCCCACUGCCAAUUUUAACCUGCAAAGGAAAUCUUGUAUGGAGUAUUUCCGCAGCUGGAAUGAGCAGGAACAAAUUGAAUUUGUGGAACACCUCCUGUCACACAUGUGCCAUUACCAGCAUGGUCACAUAAAUACAUUCCUGAAGCCUAUGCUUCAAAGGGAUUUCAUCUCUCUCCUGCCUGAGCAAAAUUUGGACCAUAUUGCUGAAAACAUCUUGAGCUACCUCGAUGCAAAGUCCUUAUGUGCUGCAGAACUAGUAUCUAAAGAGUGGUCAAGAGUCAUUGCCGAUGGGAGCCUCUGGAAGAAACUCAUUGAGAGGAAAGUCCGGACUGACUCACUCUGGAGAGGUCUUGCAGAAAGGAGGGCAUGGAUCAAGUACUUAUUCAAACCAAGACCUGGAGAGAAACCCCAAGGGCAUAAGUUUUACAGGAGCUUGUAUCCAACCAUCAUGCAAGAUAUUGAGAACAUCGAAUACAACUGGAGAAGUGGUCGUCACACGCUUCAGAGAAUCAAUUGUCGAUCUGAAAACUCAAAGGGAGUUUACUGCCUCCAAUAUGAUGAUCAGAAGAUCGUCUCUGGUCUCAGAGACAAUACCAUCAAGAUCUGGGAACGUAGUACCUUGCAAUGCACCAAGGUUCUCACAGGCCACACCGGUUCAGUGCUGUGUUUACAAUAUGAUGAUCAGGUGAUAAUUAGUGGGUCCAGUGAUUCAACUGUGCGUGUUUGGGACGUCAACACAGGAGCAAUGGUGAAGACACUCUUUCAUCAUUGUGAAGCUGUUCUCCACCUCAGAUUCAACAAUGGGAUGAUGGUCACAUGCUCAAAGGAUCGUUCUAUAGCAGUCUGGGACAUGGUUUCCCCAUCUGAAAUCAAUCUACGGCGUGUCCUGGUUGGUCAUAGAGCUGCAGUGAAUGUGGUGGACUUUGAUGAGAAAUACAUUGUAUCGGCCUCUGGUGACAGAACCAUAAAAGUCUGGAAUACCUCCUCUUGUGAAUUUGUGAGAACCUUGAAUGGCCACAAGAGGGGGAUUGCCUGCCUCCAGUAUAGGGAUAGAUUGGUUGUAUCAGGAAGCUCGGACAACACCAUUAGGUUGUGGGACAUUGAGACAGGCUCCUGCUUGCGUAUCCUUGAAGGGCACGAGGAACUGGUGCGCUGCAUCAGGUUUGAUAGCAAGAGGAUAGUGAGUGGAGCCUAUGAUGGGAAAAUCAAAGUGUGGGACUUGAAGGCAGCUCUAGAUCCAAGGGCACCACCAGCAACACUUUGCCUUCGCACCCUUGUGGAACACAGUGGUCGUGUCUUCAGACUUCAGUUCGAUGAGUUCCAGAUAGUGAGCAGUUCUCAUGAUGACACAAUUCUCAUCUGGGACUUCCUCAAUUGCUCUCAAGGUGGGACCCAACGUUCUGGGGAACUUGCUGGUGCUCCCCAGAACCCCUCUUCAGCCUACAAUUACCUCCUCCAUGAUGCUUCAGGACUGUACUACUUGGCAGAGCUGGUAGAAGAAUAUACAGUCCUCACAGGCAAGACCAUCAAAUGGUUGACACUGUGUAUCUGA